UGCGCGGGGUUAUGGGGGCGAAGGGCGCUCCGUGCCGUGCGGGGGGCGAACCCACACCGAGGGGUCCCCGCGGGGCGCGACGUGGCGACGUCGGGGGGGGUGGGGGGGGGGGGGACGGAGCUGAGCGGGGGGGGCACGGGGGACCCCCGGCCCCAAAGCGCCGCCCCGAAGCAGCGCCGGAUUCGCCCCGCGGUGCCCGUGGGGGUGGGGGGGGGUCCCGUCCCGUCCCGUGGGUGCCCCCACCCCGCCGUGACUCACGCGCUGCGCUCCGCCCGCUCCGCCCCCCCCCCCCCCCCCCCCGUGUUUGCUCUGUGGGGCGGGGCGGCACUUCGGCCCGUUCCGCUCCGGGCGGGGUUUUCCCUUCGGGUGGGGUUUUUUUGCCCCCCCCGCCCCAAAACCACUCCGAGCCGUCGGUUGCGGAGGGGCGGCCCGCAGCGCUCCCACUGUUGGCUCCGUCACCGCCGCCCCCCCCCCAAAACCGAACGCAGCCGAAGCGCCCCGGGGGGCACCGCGCCGGGAUGCGGCACCCGCAGGGAUCCGCGGGGACACCCGUGGGAACCGAUGGGGACACCCGUGGGACCCCACUGAGAUUGCAACGGACCCCGUGGACCCCAUUGGGGGAUGUCCAGGGACACCUAUGGGACCCCAUUGGGAACGUCCGUGGGGUCCCCAUGAGGGUUGAGGGACCCCAAUGGGGGACGUCCAGGAACAUCCACGGGACCCCCCUUUCGGAGCACCUAUGGGACCCCAUUGGGGGACGUCCGGAACCACCCAUGGCACCCCAAUUAGCAUUGCUCAGGGACCCCCGUGGGACCCCGCUGGGGAUGUCCAGGACCACCCAUGAGACCACUGUGGGGACACCCAUGGGACCCCAAUGGGGGACGUCCAGGAUCAUCCAUGGGACCCCAAUGGGGACACAUCUGGGCCACCAUUAAGGUUGCUCAGAAACCCCCGUGGGACCCCACUGGGGAUGUCCAGAACCACCCAUGGGACCCCACUGGGGACACCCCUGGGACCCCAUGAGGGUUGCUCAGGGACCCCUGUGGGACCCCAAUGUGGGAUGUGUAGGAUCAUCCACGGGACCCCCCUUUAGGAGCACCUAUGGGACCCCAUUGGGGGACGUCCGGAACCACCCCUGGGACCCCAUUAGGGUUGCUCAGGGACCCCCGUGGGACCCCACUGGGGGAUGUCCAGGAUCGCCCAUGAGACCACUGUGGGGACCCCCAUGGGACCCCAAUGGGGGACGUCCAGGAUCAUCCAUGGGACCCCCUUUGGGAGCACCUAUGGGACCCCCAUUGGGGGACGUCCAGAACCACCCCUGGGACCCCCAUCGGGGACACCCCUGGGCCCCCAUUAGCGUUGCUCAGAGCCCCCCGUGGGACCCCACUGGGGGAUGUCCAGGACCGCCCAUGAGACCACUGUGGGGACAUCCAUGGGACCCCAAUGGGGGAUGUGUAGGAUCAUCCAUGGGACCCCCUUUGGGAGCACCCCUGGGACCCCAAUGGGGGACGUCCAGGAACACCCCUGGGACCCCCAUCGGGGACACCCCUGGGCCCCCAUUAGCGUUGCUCAGAGCCCCCCGUGGGACCCCACUGGGGACGUCCAGAGCCGCCCAUGGGACCCUCCCCCUCCUCACCCACAGCCCACGCGCAGAGCGGACUCUCUCACCCCACGACCCCCCAGAGGCACCCAUCACCCCCCCCGCCCCC